UACCUUAGUCGGGCCCAACCCGAGCGCGUUUGUUGCCACCCACCGACUCCUCCCCGCCCCUCGGCAUGGAGGACCGGGGGGGCGGCUUGAAAGAGCAGGGGAAGCCGUACGAGGAAGAAGGCGGCGAAGUCGAGGAGAGGGCUGCGGCAACUGCAGGAGACGCAGAGGCAGCAGCGGCCGUUGACGAUAACCAGCCAGGAGGCGACAAAAAGGCGGCGAAGCAGGAGGUGGAAGCGGUGGUGGAGCUUGAUUCGGACUGGACCUUCAUCGACAUGGAGAUGGUCUCGCUGCACGAUCUGCCCACCGCGCUGAUCGCCUGCAACCUACCGUUGGCCGUCUUCUUCGUCGAUGGCCCGUGCAGGGCCAGAUUUGAAGCUCUGUUUAGAACGUAUGACAAAGAUGUCACCUUUCAGUAUUUUAAGAGUUUUAAAAGAAUAAGGCUGAACUUCAGCAAUCCUUUGUCAGCAGCUGAUGUUAAAAUUCGGUUACACAAGACAGAAUUUCUUGGAAAGGAAAUGAAACUAUAUUUUGCUCAGAGUUUGCAUAUUGGAAAUACACAUUUAGCACCACCCGAUCCAGAGAAACAGUUCCUGAUUUCUCCUCCAUCUUCUCCCCCUGUUGGUUGGGAACAAGCAGAUGAUGCUACACCAGCCAUUAAUUAUGAUCUUUUAUGUGCGAUCUCCAAAUUAGGACCAGGGGACCAUUAUGAACUUCAUGCUGCAACUGAAACUACUCCUAGCGUGGUGGUCCAUGUAUGUGAAACUGAUGAGGAACUUGAGGCAGAAGAAACAACAGAAGUAGUCAAGAAACCAAAGCCAAAAAUUAUUCAUACUAGGCGGCCUGACUAUACUCCAACUUAUCAGAGUUGAACUAUAUAAAGUUCUCAGUUCCAAACUGACAUGCUCCCAGGAGACUUUGAAGAGAUGGCAGGUCACAAAUUUGAUGACGCUAGAGGUGGAAGCAGAAAUUCUUACGGGAAAGGGAAGCUAUCAUUUGUUUGUUUAAUGGCUCAUGAGACAGAUUCCAGUACGAAUUUCCUGAAUGGUUGUCUUGGAGACUAAUCAAACUGGGGCAUUGGGAGCAGAAAUAUAUACUUUGUAUUUAGGGAGAUAUUCAGAUACUCUAGAUAUCUGUUACAAAGCACGAUGCCUUCCCUGUUUAUGUAUACAUCCUGUGAUAAAUUCCUCUAAUUCAUGAGACAGUGUUGUUGUAUUUCUAAAAUACAGUCACUAGUGAACACAUUGGAAUCAAUGAGUCAUACAAAUAAGUGUGUUAGGAAUUUCAGCUGUCAUAUAGCAUCUGGAAAUACAGCAGAAGUUUAAAACAUGAAGUAAUAAAUUGUUAGUCAUUUUUCAUACUAGAUUUUGUGCAUGCAUAUAGAUCUUAGAAAGUAAACUUGUUCAACUUGAUCUGUACUUUUAAUUUACAUUGUAAAAAAAUUAUCUGAAAUUUUCAUCUUUCUUUCUGGAUUGUUUCUAUUGGCAUUCAUUUUUCAGCAGGGACAGACUUUCAGUAAAACACUUUUAAGCUUAGUGAAAUAAUCUUUCUUAAUGUUAACUGCCAUUGUAUGUUUUUUGUAGAAAAUGUAUAAAAUAUCUGUGCAUAUUUUCAGUGGACGAAUUACUUUAAAUUAUUCUAAAGACAAUUAUUUAUAUUGGUUUAAGGUAUCUUGACUUCUUUAUUGACCAGAAGUAAAAGAAAUUGCAAAUACUGUUACAGUUCUCAACUGUUGAGAGAAUAAAAGCUGUGUUGUCCUAGUCACAAAUGUA